AUGAGUGAGACGGAAGAUGUUUGCGGGUGUUUGGUGUGCGCCGUGCUCUGUGGCGUAUGCUGCGUGGCUGCAGCUGAAGAAGACAAGCGCGAGCGCGAGCGGGCGGCGGCCGAGGCGCUGCAACUCAAAAACCCGGGCGUCGUGAUGAUGAACCCCGUGGCGGUGCCCACGCCGUACUCGCAGCUGCAGAAGCAGGCCAAGGCAGAUACACCCGAGACGCCGAGGGAACCGAUAGAGACGAAAACCCCAGAGCCUCCCAAGAAGAAGAAGAAAUUCAAGACGAAGGAUGGCAAGACCCAAAAACGGAAAGCAGGCAGCAAGCGCCGACGCGAGCCUCCUUCACACUGA